CGUUACCCAGGUAACUAGGGCUGGGCGCCCUCAGUACCGGAGGGAGGCGGCGGGCCGGGUCAGGGGCCUCGAGAUCGGGCUUGGGCCCAGAGCAUGUUCCAGAUCCCAGAGUUUGAGCCGAGUGAGCAGGAAGACUCCAGCUCUACAGAUAGGGGCCUGGGCCCCAGUCCCUCAGGGGACCGGCCCCCAGGCCCCGGCAAGCAUCCCUGCUCGGCUCCAAGCUUCCUGCGGGACGCCAGUCACCAGCAGGGGCAGCCCAGCAGCAGCAGCCACCAUGGAGGAGCUGGGUCUGUGGAGACCCGGAGUCGCCACAGCUCGUACCCUGCGGGAUCAGAGGAGGAUGAAGGCAUGGAGGAGGAGCCCAGCCGCUUUCGGGGCCGCUCACGCUCGGCGCCCCCCAACCUCUGGGCUGCACAGCGCUAUGGCCGCGAGCUCCGGAGGAUGAGCGACGAGUUCGAGGACUCCUUCAAGGUGAGCGUCGAUUCUAGGCCGCUUCCCACCGGUCGGUCCCUUCCGGAUCCCAGGACCCUUCCCCUACCACCGGGACUUCCUCGCCCGAAGAGCGCGGGCACAGCGACGCAGAUACGGCAGAGUUCCAGCUGGACACGCGUCAUUCAGUCCUGGUGGGAUCGGAACGUGGGCAGGGGAGGCUCUGCCCCCUCCCAGUGACCGUCCAUGCAUUCCCUAAACUCCGCCCGCUGCCGGCGCUGUUGGCGGCCAUCUUGGGUGUGGGCGGAAGUCUUUUCCGCAACUUUUAUGCAAAGCGGAUCCACUCUCUCUCUUCCGAAGGGAGGUUUUCUGACCCAGAUUCCCUUCCGGUGCGUGCGAGAGCCACGGGCGGUUUGGCCCCAUCGGAAGUUUUGAAGUUUUCUAGCCCGUAGCCGCCGGAAGUGGCUUCGUGGCCCCGCCCUGUGGCUCUGGGCUGCCCCGAGGCGCCUGCGCCAAGUCGCGAUCGGGGGUUAACCGUUGCGUCACCAGAGCCCGUUCCGGCGCGUUUCCCCUCGGGCUGGCGGGUAAACGUGCUAAUAAAGUCCACGUCUGUGCCCCCGA